CAAACAGCAACAACAAAUAUAUCAUUAUCAUUAUAUAUGAAUUUAUUGAAAAAUGUUGACAAUGCUAAUCAACAUCUGGAAAUGGAUCUAAUCAUUGUACAGGAAUGGUAUGAUACAAGAAUAAAUCUUGAUCUAAUAGAAGGUCAAGUGACAAUAUCUGAAUCGGACAAAAUUCGAAUGUUUUGGCUACCGGAUACGUAUAUUAUAAAUGCUCUACGUGCACGUGUUGUUGAUUCAUUUAUACCGGCACAAAAAUUGAUCAUCAAUUCACAGGGAUUAAUGUAUUUUGCCAUACGAGUACUUACACAGGUUAAAUGUUCAUUAAAUCUACAACUAUAUCCAAUGGAUUAUCAACAUUGUCACAUUCGAUUUUCAUCGCUUCUUUAUAACCAUGAACAAUUGAUGCUCACAUGGAAAUUAUUCGACAUACAUAAAGAUGAAUAUCCAGAAUUUAAAAUUCGUUUAUGGUACCAAUAUGAAAUAUGUCGACCAUGGCAGAAUCCAAUACGGCAGAAUACGUGUAUUGUUGCUACGAUGAAACUUGUACGAAAUCUCAAUUAUUACAUUAUUCGAUAUUAUCUUCUUACAUUCCUUACGGUUAUAAUAAGUUUUAUUGGAUUUUGGUGUCAAUUGAAUGGUUGGCCUGCACGUGUCACAGUUAUGCUCGUUCCAUUGAUGGAUCUGAUUAGUGAAGAUAUUGAUGAUAAUAAUGAUAUUCAAGUUAACUAUGUGACAGCAUUUCAUUGGUGGAUGAUGUGGAUACAAGGUUUUGUUUAUUUAGUCAUGGUCGAAUAUGCUGUUGCCAUUGCGUGGGCACAUUUCAUUAUGGAUAAAAAGAAUCACCGAAAAAAGCUACAAGAAUAUCUAGCUGCUCAGGCACAAGGUGUGGCCACCAUCGGACCACCACCUCCUCCCGUAUUGCUCGGUUAUUAUUGUGGAAAUAAUGGCUGGUAUGCUCGAGCCGGCCGUUUUGUAGAUCGAAUGAUUUAUUUUUUCGUCGGUGAAGCCGAUUUACAACGUAACCCAUAUGUUAGAAACAAGAUUGAUCACACAUCUAGAAUACUUUUUCCACUAAUAUUCCUGUUGUUUGUAGUGAUCUACAUUUUAGCCACUGUUGCUCCAUGGGCAGCCAAUUAUAAUUGAAAUAAAAUUUUAAAAUUUAAAAAUAAAUAUCUAUUCUCAAUCGAAGACACAGGAUGGCAGCAUUAUUAAACAGAAAAAAAUUUUAUUCGU